UAUAUUUCCUUUCUCUUACAAGCCACACAGCAGCCACAAAAAUCAAUACCUCAAAGCAGCUAAGGCUAUACCAACCAACCCAUCAUCCCCCUAAGCCCUUGCUUCUUCAUUCUUUUCAUGGGAGAUCAACAGAAUGAACACUUCUUUAUGAGAAGACAUGAUGGAGUCGACGAUGGAUACAACUUCGAUAGCAGAAUUCUGUACAUGGCCGUCACUUCCUUGUUGAUCGUAAUUGUGUUCGUCUUCAUUCUCCACAUCUACGCAAGGUGUAUCCUUGCACGCGAGGGUAGGCGCCGGAGGGGAACCCGUCAUCUAAGAAUGGGAGCAUCAGAAGCUGUUCGAGUCCAUUCAUGUGAGCCACCCAAGACAGGACUAGACCCUUCUGUGAUAGCUUCAAUAGCCGUUUUUGCCUACAAAAAACCCGAACAGAUUGAGGAAACCAACACCACGGAGUGCACAAUUUGCUUGAGCAUUAUGGAAGAUGGAGAGAUGGUGAAACUUCUACCCAACUGUAAGCACUUGUUUCAUGUAGAGUGUAUUGAUAUGUGGUUGAGCUGCCACUCUACUUGCCCUAUUUGCCGCAAAGGGGCUGAACCCCAAGCCCAAGCCCAAGCCCAAGCCCAAGUCCAUGCAUCAUCCCUACAGACCCAAGAGAUGGAGGAUGGUGUGCCUGCAGCAACGGCUCCACCGUUGGAUUCAUUGAACAUCACAAUGCCGACAUUGGAGGGUACAUCGGACGGUGCUUGUCACUCUUCCAAGGUUGGUGUAUCAUUUUCACCAAUGAGUUCUUUCAAGAGGAUGCUUAGUAGGGACAGAGCAGAGAGGAGAAUGGAGGAUUUAGAGAGGCAAUAAUGUGAGAUUGAUACAUAUUUUUAGCUUCUAUAUACAUGUGUUUGUAUAUCUUCAAAUUGAUGAUACCAUAAUUAAAGAAGUCAUAUAUGAGAUUACAUUUGUUUUUUAUAUUAUAGUUGGGAUGGAUGUAUAUGGAUAAUUGAACUUUCGAUUGAUUUGUUGUAAAAUAUAGGGAUAUUUCCCUAAGAUUCUCAGUUUUGAAGGAGUUUUGAUGUGAUAUUUCAA